UUCUUUCGGUCUCUUGACAUCUCUUACCAUAUAAAUCAAACCCAACACCUCCUCGUACUGUUCUCUUCUUUCGUCUCGUACCCGUCCUCCUAUCUUUUCUUCCAUCUUUGAAUCCUCCUCUUGGAGGAGAUUUGAUUUGUAGGGUUAGCUAAGGCGCUCGGCUUUGGAUCUUAAGCAGCUGCGAAGAUGAACUAUUGCGGAUACCAGAAGAACACCCUCACAGCUUGCGAAGACAUGAGGAGCGCCAAAGAUGUGGUUGUUUGCCCUAAACCUCGGCGAAUCUCUGGCUUUAACCAUGUCGUUCAUGAUCCUAGGCCUUUGAGAUGGCAGUUGAGCAGUCAUCAAGCGGAGCUUUGCGAUUCCAAGGCGGGGUCGGAACUUCUUGAUAUGAUCCUCACAAAGGGUGUUUAUGGUGGUGAACAGUCCACCGCUCAGGUGGCCUCGUCGCCCCCGUUUUUCAGUGGGUCACCGCCGAGCAGGGCUACCAAUCCGCUAAUCCAGGAUGCCCGUUUUGGGGACGAGAAGCUAACUUCUUUAUCGCCGCUGCAAGUCUCAGUUCCUUCGGGACUUUCGUCUUCACCAUCCUCAGCCCGUAAGGGAGGUGGUUGUGCACGUAUGAAGUUUGGGCAUAAGCCAGCUGCGGUUAGAAUUGAGGGUUUUGAUUGCCUUGACAGGGAUAGGCGAAACUGCAGCAUCCCUGCUGUAGCCUAACAGAAGAACUCUUCUUUCCAAGUACAUAGAAGAGGACUGUUUUUGUUUUUUGAAAGAAGAGAGGAGGAUCUAAUUGGAUUUUGGGGGAGAGGAGGAGGAGGAGGAGGAGAGGAGAAGAGAGAGGGGAUUGGACUCUGUUAUUUACUGUAUAUAGGUUUUUUUUAUCGGCUAUCUUGGUUAAUGUGUGUGUCUGUAAGGAGGAGGAGAAGGAUAAUGAUUAUGUAUGUAUGUAUGUAGAUGUAAUCGUCGCACCAUAAAUAAAGAAGGGGGAGUAGUAAAGCUGCAAACAACCAAACCCUCUUCUUUUUUAGGUAUUUAUUCAAACAAUUUUAGUUUAGAGGGUUUAGAAAAGGGCUAGGUGUGGGGUCUUCGUGUUUGUGUCCAGUUUGUUUCCUUUCCCUCCCUCUUUUUUUCCUUUGUAAUGUAAAAAAAAAAAAAAAAAAGAUGACAGAAGGGGGGAGGGGAAGAUGAGUUAUUUUGGCUAAUGGGUCUUUGAUUAUUUUACCUUUGCGGUUUUUGGAGAGGAGAAUCUGUAAAAAGGAGGAGCUUCCAUUGAAGGGGGUUUCUAUUUAAGCUUGUAAAUAUAUUUGCUCUUGUAGUGGUUGUCAUUUUGUUAAAUUAAAACUUCUGUUCUGAUGGUU